GCUUCGUUUAAUCAGUUAUUUUUACACUUUCUAGCGAUUACUAUCUUAUAAAAAAAAAGUAGUUCUUUUUUGACAUCAUUUUGUACGUUUGUAGUUUUUAAACUAGUAAACUUGAGUUAUUUAUGAAAUAAUAGUGUUUUUUAAACAUAAAAGACGGGUUUUCUUUGUUCAAAUAAAUUCAAAGUGCUUCAAGCUGAGCGACGUUGCCGUUCCGCCAUUCUAGUUUUGGGACAACGAAAACGCACGGAAUCGGAUUGAUACCAGCCAUCUAGAUGUAUUAGCAAAACUCACGAAAUCGUGACUUAUCCACAUAAAUCUUCAGUUCAUGAGGUACUAGGGCCGCCGCGCCCGGUCGCGCACUCGGGACGGACGAAGGGGGAAUCGGUGCAGGCACAUACAACGACUUCACGCCGCUGCUGCCCACUGCACUAAGUUAGGUGCCGAUUCACCCUCCGCUCGCACAAAGCCCGACGAUGCAGAGAGCGGGCGCGAGGCACCCGGAUGCUAGCCCGUCGACCUCCGGCGCCAUGGAGGAGCACUAUGCUACGCUCAACGAGUACCUGCAGAUGGAACACAAGUUCCAGCCGAGACUGUGUCUGCCUAAUGAGUCCGAGAACGGUGAAGUAACAACUGGGGCCCGCGACGGCGCGGCGCACGUGAUGCGCUGCCUCAAGGUGUGGUACGACCUGCCGACCGAGGUGCUCAUAGACGCCGUCAGCCUCUUCGACAGGUUCCUAACAAAGAUGAAGGUGCGUCCGUGCCACGUGCCGUGCAUCACCGUCGCCUGCAUGAACAUAGCCAUCGACCAGCACGCCGCGCACACUAAAGAGGCCCGCAAGGUCUCCGUCGAGGAGCUGGUGUCGAUCUCGCAGUCGGCGUGCACGGCGGGCGACGUGGCGCGCAUGUCGCGCGUGGUGGUAGACAAGCUAGCGCUCGCACCCGGCACGCACGCCGUCACCGCGCACCACUGGCUGCGGCUGUUCGUGCGUCUGUUGCAACCGCAUACACCCACACCACCAGAGGAGGCGGAGCUGCUGAAGUUACUGGAGAUCGUGGUGUGCGACGCGUGGUGCGCCAACGCGCGCUGCAGCGAGCUGGCGCUGGUGCUGCUGUACCACCAGCUGGAGCUGCAGCUGGUCCAGCUGGCCCGCCAGGCGCCGCUGCCCGACCACGCCUACCAGCUGUUCGAGCUCGGCGCGCAGCUGCAGCACUACUGCAACAUGAGCGACUUGUCGCUGGUGAGCACUCGCGGGCUGGUGGCGCGCGUGCUGGCGCGCUACGAGGCGCGCGCCGCCGCGCCGCAGCGCCAGCGCCUCGUGUGGCGCCUCUCCGAGCGCACGCUCAAGGUGCUGCGGCCGACGGACCGGCUGGGCUCGCUGCUGCCCACCAUCGAGGAGCAGCAGUACGCGGCGGAGGCCACGCCCAACAGGAACAGAUCCGGCAGCGAAAGCAGCGAGAACGAGGAGACGUCGGACUGGCCGCGCAGCCCCGUGCUGCCCGUCUACUGCGACCACUGAACACAGCGCCCGCCGCGCGGGGCCUCGCGCCGCUACCCGCACUACUCAUGUAACAAUACCCACACGUUUGCAACACCACCCGACUACGGUCUAAAGUCUAAAUAUACAGUACAGUCUAUAGUCUAUCUUUAGGUAUUUAAAGAAAAUUAAGUAAACAAUUUGUACAUUUUCGGGUAGUUGUGACAUGUAUUGGUUAACCGACCAAUCAUAAAACCGCCUGGAUCAGUCACAGAACGACCAGACUUUAACCUACAUUAUUUGAUCGUGUAAUGUUUUCAUCUACCCUCAAUUGGUAUAGGAGCCAUUUGAGGGUAGAUAUUGUUUACUUCUAUUUAAAUACCUACAGAUACAUUGUAUAAAUAGAGGGCUAAAAUGACCUAGUUACAUGGCGACCCCGCCGAUCCAUAAUGCAUGGGUUAAAUGGGGUACUUUAGCAAUCUAUCACUUGGGUACAAAGUAUUUUGUGAACACAACAAUAUUGUUACAUUAUUAUAGAUGUUUUUAAUGAUCUGAUGUGGACGCGAGGCCCCUUGCUUGUCGCCGUCUUCAAAUAUGGCUGGCACUGUCCUAAGUGGUCGUUUACCUGGGGGCUGCACUCUUUUAAAGCUUUCUCGAUCUUACACGUUAAUGACACGAGUAGUUUCUAAUUGUGAAAUUAUAUUUAUUUUGAUAAUCAAAAUAGUGCAGUCUCCAGUACCUCAGUAUAGAUAUGUUUACCUGGUAUUAGGCAGCUUGGAUGUCAACUGGAUGAAAGUAUGUGAUCCCCAUUUUUGAAAAAAUAGUCAAAAGUCCGUGAUCCUGAAAGAUGGUGUGUUUAUGAGUAUUUAAAGUAAAUUGUGGUCUUUUACGAUAUUUGACUGUGUAGGCUGAUUAUUAUUGUUCUGAUAGUCUUUAAAGCAAUAAAAUGCAAAAGUGUUAGCAUUCUGAUUUAAUAAACUAAUGAGGAAGUUUAUCGGCCGAGCGCAGUGAGGUGUCGCAGGAGACGACAGUAUAGUUUAGUUUAACGGUUAAGACAUGGUAGAGUGCCAGUUCAAGCGUGUUUUAACGUUUUAUAAACGAGAAUAGGUAAUUUUUCUACAAAUUUACAGUUUUAAGAUUAAAUAGUGCAAUUCAAGUCGAAAUUUGUCUUGACAUUUUUGGAGUAUUAUUGAAUUUCGUUUAUUGCAUGCGUCCCGGGCGUCGCUUAUUCCAGUGACGAACUCAUACGAGCGCAAAAUAAACUUAAAUUUUUAGGUCUAAGUUAAACUUUCUUUUCUUAUUUUUUUUUCCUUGAUUGCGCUUGUAUGGGCGAGUCGUUAUUGUAAACUAAUAUCAGUCUUUUUAAGCUUUAUUAAAUUUAAUUGUAAUUAAUAGUUUUUAUUUCGAGUAAGCGGCGGCCGUGUUGCCCAUAGCUUUCUACUGUGAUGAUUUUUAUAAGAAAAUGUUGAAAGAAAAUUCCAUAUUGCGUAGUUAUUAAGGAUACCCAUGCGAGAACAGCGUGUAUGAAACGAUAUCCACCGAAAUGAAGUGUACAUGAGCAGUAAGUUAUUUACUAUAAUAUGAUAAUUAAUAUAUUUUUUCUCUUUAAAUACCACUGACUAACUCUCAAAUGAAGAGUUUCUAAAUUUGAUAACAUUUAAUCUAAAACGUUGGCAUUAUUAUUUUCAUUUAUUUACAUUUAUUUUAUAGCUUAAUAAUAAUUCUUAUAAAAUAUUUCGAUUAUUUCAUAAUUAUGUCUAGCUAUAAACGAAUAAAUGACAAAAAAAUUACAAAUCUUUGAAAAAAUAAAAAAAAUGAUCUCAGGUAAUGUUUUCAAUCUGUCGCGA